UUGCAGUUUGCUUGUUGGGGAUGCGGGAUUAAGUUCGCAUUUGCGUUGUGAUCAGCUGUGAAUCCGACGCGGGGUAGACAAGUUGCUGUGUUUUCGUUUUGUGAAUGCUUACAAGGACAGAAAAGUGGAAAACAGAUCGAUUUGCUUGUGUGAAAACAGUUUCCGGCAGUCAGGUUUAUGGAAUAGGCGGGAAAGCAGUGUGCAAGCACCAUUGAACACUUUUUGCGCUGGCAGCAGCUGGGCGUUAAAUUCCUUUGUCAUCUCCGUAGAGAUAGCUAUGGUGUAGGAGCAGCCAUUUGGAAGCUUGCUUCUUCUUGCUGUUCGUAGUUAUCGUUGGUCGUCGACGUUUUUCGCGUUUAUUUAUAUUGAAGUUGUUUGUUUAUCCUGCGUUAUUCUUUAAUUUGCUGUUGGUGUGAUCGAGCUGGUGUGAAUAAAAAAAAACAAAAUGGCUUGGUCGCAAAAGCAAUUCAUAUUCGCGCUUACAAUGGUGGUUACGGGCUCUAUUAACACGCUCAGCACAAAAUGGGCUGAUAAUAUCGAAUCCGAAGGCUCGGAUGGUCAAGUACGACGGUUUGAGCAUCCGUUCGUUCAGGCCUGUGCAAUGUUUCUCGGAGAGUUUCUUUGUUUACUUGCAUUCAAAGCCGUAUACUAUCAUCUUCGCCGCAAGAACAAUGGUGCUGAAGACCGGCAUGAUCUCGUACAGGGCAAUCGUGAGUUCAGUCCCUUCAUCUUAUUUGUGCCGGCUAUGUGCGAUAUGCUGGCGACCUCCAUUAUGUACGUCGGACUCAAUCUGACCUACCCCUCUAGUUUCCAGCUGCUGAGAGGAUCGGUCAUAAUUUUUGUUGCUAUACUGAGUGUCGCAUUCUUGAACCGCACACUGGUGAAGCGCGAAUGGUUCGGGAUCGCCUUUAUCAUGCUCGGGCUGGUCGUGGUUGGCAUGUCCGAUGUGCUAUCGAACGAUAAUACGGGUUCACAGUACACUAGGAACAAUGUCAUCACUGGCGAUCUGCUUAUUAUACUGGCCCAAAUUAUUACGGCGGUGCAAAUGGUGUACGAGGAGUACUAUGUGACCGCACUGAACAUUCCAGCUCUGCAAGCAGUGGGAUGGGAAGGGUUCUUCGGUUUUUCCGUGCUCGGAACUCUCCUGCUGCCCAUGUAUUUUAUUCACGUGAUGUAUCCGUUCAACAGCAAUGCGCACGGAGUGCUUGAAGAUUUGCCCGAUGCUCUCGCUCAGCUCGCUAACAAUUAUCAGCUCAUCAUCGCCAUUUGCGGUAUGAUCGUGUCGAUUGCAUUUUUCAACUUUGCUGGCAUUAGUGUGACGAAGGAAAUAUCUGCGACCACGCGGAUGGUGCUCGAUUCCGUUCGAACGCUUGUCGUGUGGAUGGUUUCGCUACUGUUGAUUUGGCAAAAGUUUCAUUACCUGCAGCUGAUUGGGUUCGCUGGGCUUUUGUUCGGCAUGUGCCUAUACAAUGAUAUUAUCAUUUUACAAACGUACCGUCGUGUACGGGUCGCUCUGUUGUUGCGUAUCGGCCGUCAGUCGGCUGAUGGAAUGAGCGAAGUUAUUAUUAAUCGGCAAGCAGAUGAGCCGGACCGUUAGACUGAACAAACAAACAAAAAGAAAGAAAGGCUGAUCUGGCGAUCUGGUGCAGCAAAUGUUCGGGAAUGCUCGUUUCUUGUAUGUGUGUAUAAUGUUGUAGCUCUUGAGCUGGUACUCUCCGAUGUGCGUAUCAUAUAAAGUAAAACAAAUAUCUCAAUCAAUAUUAAACCUUUAUUGGUAGGGGAAUAAACGUGAAACAAAUCUGAUGCUACUUCUAA